CCACUCCAAUUCGAAAAUUUUCAAAGGAAUGAGGAAGAAGGAAAGGACCAGCCAGUCUUUAUGAUAACUUAGGAGAGCUCAGUAGGUAAAGGGUCUGAUGCAUAGCAGGUGAUCAACUCUUCCUUUAUUAUUGGCAGGCUCCCACAGGCAAGAGCACAUCCUACUGGAGCUGAGGAAGAAAACAAUCUGUCCAUACCCACUGCCUGGAGAAUGAUCUGUUGCCAGAAGCUAGAUGACUUCGGGUCUAGACAAAUGCCAAGCUAUGCUAAGGGAACUUGGGGUUCUUGUCCUGGAGAAUUGCAGAAUGGACGCAGAGAUCCAUUACUGCGCGCGGCGGGGGAGAGGACGCCGCCGGGAGCUGGUGCGUGCCACACUGCAGCCUUGCAGGCUGCCCCGGACUUCAUCCAGCCCCGGGUCGGCUCUGGGCGGGCAGGGGGAGGAUCCACACCGCCGAGCGGUGGCCCCGCUGCUCCCAGCCGCUCCCCCGGCGCGCCAGCUCAGGACUCGUUCCCGCCCAUUCCUUACCUCGAUGGAAUCCUUAGCCCUUAGAGAGAGGGCUAAAAAACAAACAACAGACAAACAAACAAACAAACAAACAAAAAACAAAUUCGAGACGGCCCCGGGACCCUCCCGCAGAUGCAGGGCGCACUCUGGCCAGUUCUAACCAUAGACUUGACUGCAUGUUGACAAGGGUUUCCAACCUAGCUUUCCCGAGGUACUGCAUGACUCAGUCCUUGCUCAGAUGGUGGUUGCUGUAAAUAGUUGCAAUUUCCCUCCUUCCGUCUCAAAGCACGGAUGGGAAUGGAUUUGCAGCAGGGACCGUGCAUUGUAUUUAAGGUCUUGGUGAGAUGGACGCGGGCUCCAUCAGCUCCAGACUUCCUGGGACAUCUCGGCGUUUCCAGGUCCGUUUGCCCCAAUGGUGGAAGUCACAUCUCAUAUUUGAUGAAAUAAAUGUCCACGUUUGUGAUAACAUUGUUAAAUUGUUUUCAGUUUUUGAAAAAUGCUGCAGAAAAAGAGGCAAAACCUGGUACAGCACAGCAGCAUGCCCCUCCCGCCCCCAAAUAUGAGAUCAAAUCACAUUUCUAAGGGAAAAAAUAGGCAUUCUCAUCUUAGAUAUGUAUGUAGCGUAUUUUAUAAUAUAUAUUUUUAUCUAAGAAUUUUGCUUUUCUGUAUUUUACAACUUUCUUUAUUAAGCAUUUUUAUUUUGUGCUAUUUUUACAAUACAAACUCUGAAGACCCAAAGAAAUUUAAUAUUAGCUUAAAUGUACAUUAGAUAUAUUUAUAGAAUCAAUUUAUUAGCUGCUAUAUUGUUUGACAUAAAAGGCUUCUGAACUAAA